AUGAGCGGCACGCGACGCGAUGCCCCGCCGCAUCACAAGGAAGCCGUCCCCGACGCGGGGCUGAGGAGCCUCGAUCACUACAAGAAAGCGCUGCCGAAAUGGCGAUACACAUUGCGGCACCAGGCGCUCCCUCUCAUCCGCUGGGAGACGCCGUAUCUGGCUGCUCUUCAGGCUAAGCUGCGCACCCCGGCGCUCGACAGCUACUUCGCCAUCACGGCCAAUCUGGGCACGCACACCUUCUUCAUGAUCUUUCUCCCCAUGCUGUUCUGGGGCGGCUAUCCGGCCUUUGCCAAGGGGUUGGUUCAUAUCUUGGCCUUGGGCGUCUUCUGGACGGGCUUCGUCAAAGAUUUUUACUCUCUCCCGCGACCGCUCUCUCCGCCGCUGAACCGCAUCACCAUGUCGGGAUCCGCUGCGCUCGAGUAUGGCUUCCCUUCGACCCAUAGCGCCAAUGCCGUCUCCGUUGCCGUCUAUGCCGUCCUGCACCUGCGCAGCCCCGACAACACCUUUUCCGACACGACGAAGCUGCUGCUCGAGGUUUUGGCCUACUUUUAUGCCGUGUCCAUUGUCUUUGGAAGGCUGUACUGCGGCAUGCAUGGGUUCCUGGACGUCAUCGUUGGAUCCAUUAUGGGUGCAGGCAUCACCAUCCUGGAGUACUAUUAUGGGCCGCCGCUGGAUACCGCCAUGCAGAAUGGUUCGUGGCUGGUCCCAUUCAUCACCGGCCUGGUUGUCGUCAUCUUCGUGCGAAUUCACCCCGAGCCCGCGGAUGAUUGUCCAUGCUUCGACGAUAGCGUCGCCUUUGCCGGCGUAGUCAUCGGCCUAGAAGCCGGGACCUGGACUGUCGGGAGGACUUUCCUGGCUCAAGCCGAAUCUAGCAUGGGCGCUUUGCCGUGGGCAUGGUGCGUCAUAGUGGCGAGAAUGGUGGUGGGAAUCAUCGCCAUCUUUGUCUGGCGCGAGACCAUGAAGCCUACGCUUCUCAAGGUGUUGCCUCACGUAUUCCGCCUCAUCGAGUCGACUGGCCUCGACCUGCCUCGAAGAUUUUUCACGCCCGCUAGCGAGUACAAGUCUGUGCCUCCUGGGUCACGGCUGGACACCCUCUUCCCGACGGCCUCGGACUUCCCUCGCAUGGUCGAAAGUAUUCGUCAUCCCACGACCCGAGGACGGUCGGUCUCGAUAGGCCCACAGAGCGUGGCAGAUGCCUACGAAACGCUGGCGUACCGGGAGCGGCAGCGCAGGGACAGCAUCGGAAGCAACGCGAGCCUCAAGAGCAAGUCGAGCAAUCUGGAUCUCAACGGGACAGACGAAGACAAGUCGGGCAAAGGGGCUCAGGCUUCAGGGGCCCAGAAGCUGGUGUACAGCGAUGCCAACUCCAACGCUUCGGCUGUUUCAGGGGCACAGAAUGGGAACCCUGACAUAUACAUCACCAUGGAGGAUGCGCGGGACGAGAAGGAGGUCUUUUCCCGGCUGGUGAAGCCGCGUGUGAGAUAUGACGUCGAGGUCGUCACGAAACUCGUGGUUUAUGGAGGAAUCUCGUGGCUUGCCGUUGCAGGCGUCCCGAUGCUCUUCAGUGUCACCGGUCUCGGCGUCGUCCGAACUGUGAUACAAUGGGACGCAGCGACCGCUUAA